AUGUCCUUGUCUGUCUGUCUGUCUUUCUCUCUCUCCGCACCCCCACCCCAUCAUGGGGAGGACAACCUGCAUUACCCUUGGUUGAUGUUGUCUCUUUCUGGUUGUCUUCUUGGCCAACAGCCCUCUGAUCUGCACCCAAUGAUGGCUGCUGCCCUCAUAGCCAACAAGCCAGAUUUUGUCAAGCUGUUUCUUGAGCAAGGUGUGCGCCUGAAGGAGUUUGUUACCUGGGACACCCUGAUCUACCUCUAUGAAAACAUGGCAAACUCCAGCGUCUUCCACACAAAGCUACAGAAGGUGUUAAUGGAAGAGAAGGAGCGCUCAGCUUUCUCCAAAGUGCCAAGAGUCCAAAUGCACCAUGUGUCCCAGGUGCUGAGGGAGCUGUUGGGAGAUUUCACUCAGCAGCUGUACCCUAAGCCGAAGAACACUGAGAGACACCGGCUCUCUAUCGCCGUGCCUCAUAUCAAGCUCAAUGUAAUGUAUCUCUGCAUGUUACUAAUCCCUUAUAACCUUUCAUGGCACCCCUUUUUAGUACAGGGCAGUCCAUACAUCCCCUCGCCACUUCUAAUAGUGGUCCCUGCACCAAUGCCAGGAGAACAUCACCUUUGGUAAGCUAGUUAUACGUAUACGUUUUAAUAUUAUACUGCGUCCUGCAGUCAGUUUGCUGUAGCAGCAGAAGCUGAAUGAAGAAUUGAUACUGGAGAUUUCUUUUACUGGCAUCCAGGACAUUCAUGCCUGGACAUUCAUGCCAAUUUCCAAUGUUCAAGGUGCAAGUGCCAUCAGUUAUGUAACCAAAACAGCACUGCCCAAUUGCAAUAGAGAGGUAUCAGCAGGUUUGAAAAAACCUUCCAGUUUGCAGAAGUAAAAAAAUACAACUGUAAGGAGGGAAACCCUGUCAACCUACUGCCACAGAAUGCUGACUCAGUGUUUGGGGGUAUGGAGACAAAAAUCGGAGUAGAAUAGCGGAGCUGGAAUCCUGCACGUCACACUGAAACAUUUUGUUGCCGGUUCCAUUUACUCUAUGUCUACUGCCCUUUCUCCACUCACUGGUGCAAAUCUUUGAUUUUUACUUCCUUUCAAUAUGAUUGUGGAUCUCUGUAUCCCAGCCUCUCUCCUCUUAAAUUUAGUUCCAAGAUUUUGUUCCAUAACUUCAAAACAGGAAAAGGCCUGAUGUGCUGUAUCUUCCUAGACUCAAGGAAAUGGCCUUAGAAUUAGUUAAGCAAGCUGAGGGAGAAAAAGAGACUGUACCGGGGUUAGAUGCCUCCUUCCUUGUGCCCUCUGUUGGUGGCAGAAGCUGAAUGGUGAUUCUAUGGCUGUGUUCACACUAGACCUUUGAAGCACAUUUCCCCCCUCAAACAAUGCUGGGCACUGUAGUUUGUUACAGGUUGCUGGGAAUUGUAAAUCUGAGGAGCAAGCUACAAUGCCCAAAAUUUUCUUGAGAAUGUGCUUUGAAUUCUUGAGAAUGUGCUUUGAAUGAGCUUUAAAGUUAUGUGUACACAGCCUCCAUGAGGGAAAUUAAUUUGAGGCUGAAGACACCCAAUCCAGUAUUGACGUUUGUGUGAAGAAGGCAUCACUGACCAUGGUGUGUAUGCUUGAUAGUAGGACAGAAAAUGAACAUGAAAAUUAAGAACAAUAGUCCUCCUUUCACUCACACCACCACUUAGCAAUUGUUAUCUGAUUCCAGCUUUAUAAUCAUGUUCUCCCCCCACCCCUCUUUUAAAGGUACAAGGGGUUAGUCUCCGAUCCCUGUACAAGCGUUCUGCUGGCCGAGUCACAUUCACAAUGGAUCCCAUUAGGGACUUGCUUAUUUGGGCAAUUGUCCAAAACCGCAAGGAACUGGCUGACAUCAUCUGGACCCAGGUAAAGUUUUUCUUUUUUCAACCAUCUCCAGAUAGUACCAUACCCAGCUCAAGAAAAGCUGGUAAGAUGUCUUCAUACUUGUCUUCCUUACAGUCCUGAGCCUUCACAACCUUCACCGCCUCUGCUAGCAGCAGCUCCCUUGCAUGAGACAUGGAGUUCCUUUGGCACUCCUUUAACAUGAAGGGGCCUUGGGCCUAGUUCUCACUUAGGUGAUAAAUUUGAAUCUGGGUUGCACCAGUUGAGGCUGCACACGACAGAAUGCUCCUCCAUUAAAAAAAAAUGAAAGAUAUUCUCCACAUAGAAGAUUAUCCUGGAUUUCUAAUGUACAGGGAUUUUUUAUUUUUUUGCAAAGAUGCUGUUACUCCUGUGAGUCUCUGCUUGGAGUUUGAAGCAGUCCAGGCCAGUCACAGGUUUGCUAGUGAGAAGUCAGUGAGAAGCUGGGAAUGACAAAGACGUCCACAGACUAGGAGUGGGAAGGGCUGAGAGAGCAGCAAGCUCACUUCCAAAAGAGAGGACUCCUGAAGGUUACACGGUCAACCUGGGACCCAGAAGUAUCAUGUUCUUACUAACCUGAGUCCUUUUGCUUCAGAGCCAGGACUGCACUGCAGCAGCUUUGGCUUGCAGCAAGAUACUGAAGGAGCUGUCCAAGGAGGAAGAUGACACUGACAGCACAGAGGAAAUGCUGAGCCUGGCAGAGGAGUAUGAGUACCGAGCCAUUGGUGAGUCUGGGCUGGUAGGCCUCUGAUCAGGGUGCGUUAAGUCCUCCAACUUACUGGAUGCUUUCCUGUGAUACCUACUCUGUCUCCCCUGCUCACACUACAGACCACCAUGGCGUUAUCUCAUGAAAGGCUAGAUCCCUCAGUACAACUACACAGAUCCUAUACAUUCAGUUCAUUCUGAAACAUGGGUGUUUUGUAUGUAAAUGCUCUGUAAGCAAUGAUCCCAAAACCGGUGAACACUGGGAUCAAGAAGCUACACUACAACUAUGCCUGUUCCCUAACUAAGUCGCUUUUAGAGCCCUGCCCCCCUGAGCUCCUUGACUCCAGUCAGUCACACACAUAGUUGUAGUCUCUGUUUCUAUGACUAGAAAUGCAGUGUCAUUAUACUGGUACUAUUGCUUAUUAUGUCCCUGCAAUGCACAUGAUGCUCACCUGUGACCUGUGAGAGGCACAGGGCUUGCCCACACUUCCUCUCGCCCCACUGCUUUUCCCUCUGGGAAACUCGUUCUUUACUGCUGAAUCAGAGCAAAUGUCAGUUGGGGUUUCCUGUGGACUGACAUUUGCUUUGAUUCAGUGGUAAAAGCAGGGAUAGUGGCAGGGCUGGUGGAAAACCCUUCAGUCUAGGACCACAGUGGCUGGCCAAGGUCACCCAGAGAGCUUCAUGCCUGGGUAGGGAUUGCGAACCAGGCCUCUCCAGUCCGGGGUCAACACAAUAACCACUACACUACUGUGGUUUUCACAGUUUUGGCUGUUAAGCUUGUUACAUAGCAGCUCACUAAUCCUCAGGCUAAGCUACCUCACAGGCUUGUUUGAGGUGGAAGUGCUUCUCAGAGAACCUGUGGGAGAGAAAUGCAAAAGAAAUAAUAAGAAUCUCUAAUCCCGGUUACUCUUCUAGGUGUCUUCACUGAAUGUUACCGGAAGGAUGAAGAAAGAGCCCAAAAACUGUUGAUCCGCAUAUCUGAUGCUUGGGGGAAGACCACCUGCUUACAACUAGCCCUGGAGGCCAAAAAUAUGAAAUUUGUGUCUUAUGGGGGCAUCCAGGUUGGAGUGCUUACUGACAAAACUUUGUUUCUUAAAUAGUAAUGUUAAUCUGAUUUACAGCUAACUGUGCAAUAUGUAGCCCCAACAGAAUGGAUUAACUGAAAUACUUAGAAGAGAGACCACUGUUGGGGAAACAUCACCCAAUUUCCACCAUUUAAUUAAAGUAACCAUCUCUGUUUCUACUACUGCCUGAGAAACUUCACGCCUCACUAUGCAUGGCCACUGUUGCUGAUGCUCCAUUGGCAGAAAAGGUCACCCUUCUCUAAGCAGAGUUCCAUUUGGCUACUGGGAAACUUUGGCUGCCCCUUUAAGAAUUCCUGUGUUGUAGUUCCUGCUGCUCCAUUGAGGGUGAACACUCAGGGUUUGAACUGCAGAAAUACUGCAGAUACUCUACAGCAAAGAGCAGGCCUUUUAGAACAAGUAAUGGUGGAAAAUUGUAAAGCAAUACCACCAGGACUACAUUAGUUCACAUCUAAAAAAAUAAGACAAAUAUCAUCUGGGUUUUCAGAAACAAAUGAGUGAGUGAAUGAACAUAAGAAUAGCCCCACUAUAUGAGACCAAAGGCCUACUAGUCCUGCAUUCUGUUUUCAGAGUGGCUAACCAAAUGCACCAGGAAGAAUGGUGUUGACUGUAGAGGGGGGGGAGCUAUUGUGGAAACACCAUUCAUUCUAGGUUGCAGAUGUGAAAUCAGUGUGUGAUAUGGGGGCACAGCAGUUAAGUCAAGGCCUACAGUUACUGUGUGGUCUAAAUUUUCCCGAUAGGUGGGAUUCCUUGUACUGCCAGUGAUUCUGACUCAGCUAACAACACAGCUCAUGCUUGUGUGCAUCCUUCUGGGUCCUGAGAUCCACACAUGAUGGCCACUUUCAUUUUGCCAGAGCAUGUGACAAGCCCUAUCACCCUCCUUUUUUACCUUUGCCAAGUUCAAACCACACAAAUUUCUGGCAUAUUUUUUUACCACAGUCACAGUCAUGCUAUUUAGCAUUUGUCCUCUAUUCUUUGGCAUAAAGCCCACAGACUUUCAGCAGAGAAUGUUGCCUGCUGUCCUCACUGCAAACUGAUCCCUAAGUAUGUCCCAUCUUUCGCCUUCUGUUCUUGACCUUACCCACGACAUGGAAAACAGGCCUCAACCUUCAUUGCACCUUGUUCCUCUUUCUAGGCUUUCUUAACCAAAGUUUGGUGGGGGAAGCUGAGUGUCGAUAAUGGGAUAUGUCGGGUCAUCAUGUGUAUGCUGUUCUUCCCCCUUCUCUACACUGGCCUCAUCACAUUCAGGUACUUGUCAGGGCUUGACUGCACCACUCUCUGGCAUAGAGAUUUAGUUCUCACAUUUUUGUACUGCAUGGUAGCAGCUAUGACCAGUCCACUCUUACAAUUCUCUGGUAUCCUCCAAAGAUGUAAAACUAUAUCAUUCUUUCUUACUUUUCACAGAGAGAAGAGGCUGCAGCCUAUGACUUGCCUGAACCGCUUCCGAGCCUUCUUUACAGCUCCUGUCGUCAUCUUCCACCUCAAUAUCCUUUCCUACUUCACCUUCCUUUGGCUCUUUGCCUAUGUGUUGAUGAUAGAUUUCCAGCCAACUCCAUCCUGGCGGGAGUAUGUCAUCUAUUUCUGGCUCUUCUCCUUGGUGUGCGAGGAGACACGGCAGGUAUUGGCUGUGCAAAGGCUGCCGUGACAAUGCAGUUCAGAAACAGUGCUCUCAAGUGCCUGUUCCCAUAGGCUAUGUGUGGGGAACUUUUUCCAACCCAAAGGGUCACAUACCCUCAUAGGCAACCUUCUGGUGGCCACAAGACAGUGCUGAAUAGUGAGUAAGGCCAGGGCAUGACUGGGGACAAAAGUGGAUAGAGCAAUAGAUGCUACCUUUGUACACUUUGCCUUUAUUAUAGUCUAGCAAUGCGGGUGGCGCUGUGGGUAAAACCUCAGCGCCUAGGACUUGCCGAUCGCAUGGUCGGCGGUUCGAAUCCCUGCGGCGGGGUGCGCUUCCGUCGUUCGGUCCCAGCGCCUGCCAACCUAGCAGCUCGAAAGCACCCCCGGGUGCAAGUAGAUAAAUAGGGACCGCUUACCGGCGGGUAGGUAAACGGCGUUCCAUGUGCUGCGCUGCCUCGCCAGAUGCAGCUUGUCACGCUUGCCGCGUGACCUGGAAGUGUCUGCGGACAGCGCUGGCUCCCGGCCUAUAGAGUGAGAUGAGCGCACAACCCUAGAGUCUGGCAAGACUGGCCCGUACGGGCAGGGGUACCUUUACCUUUACCUUUACUAGCAAUGCAAAAGUCAGGGAUUUCUACAGACAAACACACCACAACUCUCUUCAUCCAGAAUAGCAAGAGAAGCAUCAUCAUCACAGUUCAAGAAUACAUUCCAGCUAUGCAAAAGCACUCAUGAAGAGUGCUAGGCAAAGACAGUGAGGGAUGUAGCCUGGGGACGAGGCAUGGCAUGGAGAAUCUCAGUGGCCAAUUAUAGAAACCUUGAUGGCCAUAUUUGUUCUGUGGGCCUGAGAUUCCUCCCUCCCUAGUCUUCUGGUCCUUUUGAGAUUAUUGUUUUACGUGUGAGAAAUGAGAAAAUGUUACUCAGCUUUUGGAAUCAACCUCCAAGAAAACUGCAUUUGAUAUCCUGGUUUGUAAUUAGAGAGCAAGUCCCAAUUUUCUGGUUCAUAUGCAAAAGAGAAGGGAAUAGUGCCUUGGCACAAUGCUUUUUUGAUCCAAUAAACUAUGGUUAGUAAAAUCAUUUCUUUUCCUUUAGCUUUUUUAUGAUCCAGAUGGGUUUGGCUUAGUGAAAAUGGCUUCCUUGUACCUCAAUGAUUUCUGGAAUAAAUUAGAUGUGUGUGCCAUCCUAAUCUUUAUAGCUGGGCUAAGCUGCAGGUGAGUUAAUAUGCAAUGAUUCCAGCUAGCUGGAAAGGGAAGAGAACAAGGCAUAUUUGGAAAAUGAGUGGGGGUUUUUAAAAUCUAAAUGCUGAUUUAUGCUUAAUUUUUUUCAUCAAACUGGAUCACUUUGCCAACGUAUAAUUGGAGGAGGCUUGUGUUUAUGUUGUAUUUUUAUCCCUCAGUUCAGUCCCCUUUAGAUCAAUGUAUGAGGAAGCUUAUAAGCUGCCCAUUUGCUACCAGGCCCAAUUCAACAUGUUGAUAUUAGCGUAUAAAACCCUAAAUGACUUAAGGGCCCAAACUCUUGAAAGACAAUCUCUCCCCAUACCUCUCAAAUCAGGCCCUGUGUUAUUCAGGGAAGACUCUUCUUCUGAUCAUCCUGAUGGCUUUAUCCAUCUUGCUAUGAUGCAGAAUAGGGCCACCCUAGUGGCAGCGCCCUGGUUGUGGAAGAUAUGACAGUCAUCCUCACUGAUCAUUUUUAGGAAGCAGCUCUGACAUCUCUCAGAAGAAUGGUCUAGAAAAAUAAGUACAUUUAUGUAUGCAAAGCUGCUGCCUGCUAUGCCACAGUUCCCUUUAACUGGCUCUUUCAUGAAUUGGCAGGACUGGAAUUGUUGAGCAUUUGGCAUCACUUGCUGCUCUUUUCCUGGUUGGAGAUCUAAUCUCACUCCUGACACUCCCAACCCAGUUCCCUCUAAGCCUCUAAGCCUCUUCUAUUUCUAUGGGCAUUUUUCAUCUUUUGGCUGCUGUGGUUGGUAUGCCUUAGGAAAUAGUUGUAGCAGGAGCAUAUGCACAAUCCCCUUUGUUUAUUUGAAUGACAGUUGUUUGCUGCAGCAGGUUGGACACUAGUGCAGAGUUAUAUGGGUCCUUUGGUAAUUAAGCCUCCUUGCUUCCUUGUGUCUGGGUGUAGUGAUAUUUGGGAAUGUCUUUCUAAUAUUUCCUCUUGCUAUCUCAAUAAGUGUGUUUUUGUUUCUUUCCCCUGUGCUAAGAUGGAUUCCAGCCACUUUAUAUCCUGGAAGGAUCAUUCUGUCUCUGGCUUUUAUUAUUUUUUGCCUGCGUUUGAUGCACAUAUUCACAGUCAGUAAAACUCUAGGUCCCAAGAUCAUCAUAGUGAAGAGGAUGGUAAGUUGUUUCUACUGAUAAGCACCAUGGUGACUGCAUAGUCUCUGGCAUUCCUUUUAUGAUGAGGGUACCAGAAUCAAAUACGCCCUGGGGCAACAAUUGUUUCCAUGGCAAAAAAGACAAAAGAAAUAAAUUUCUGCUUUGUUUUGUGGGCUUACAGAUGAAGGAUGUCUUUUUCUUCCUCUUCCUCUUGGCUGUUUGGGUUGUGUCCUUUGGAGUCGCCAAGCAAGCCAUCUUGAUCCACAAUGAGAAGCGUGUGGACUGGAUCUUCCGAGGCGUUGUUUACCAUUCUUAUUUGACAAUAUUUGGACAGAUCCCUUCCUAUAUCGAUGGUACAGAAUACAGAAUCAUUGCAUACUGUGGACUAGCAAGGGACAAUUUGUUUGAAUGCCUCACUUCACCACUAAGAGUACAGACAGCCCACCCCCACUUGCAUGCGACCCAAUAUUUGCGUGGUGGUGGGAAAUAGAUUCAAACCAGGAAAUGGCAGUAGACAGCUGGAGAGUCCUCUUGGCCUGAAGAGGACUUCAAUGAGGGCGUAGGAAGUCCCAAAGAGAUCUGAGAUGCAGUGAGGCUUUGUCUAGACUGCUCAGAGUCCCCACUUAACAGCUGAAACACAGGGUAGGGCAGCAGCAGUAGCUGCUGCUUUUCUGCGCAGCCUCCAGCCACCCUCAGAGCUUCAACUCUAGUUGAAGAGUUGUGUGGAGAGAGAGCAGAAGAGCAGGAAAAAACGAGUUUAGAGGCUUUUUGGAGGAUGCUCCCCACUUGCAAUUUUUGCUUAUGCAUGUGGGUGCCUAGAAUGUAACCCCCAUGUAAGUAGGAGGAUGCCUGUAUAUAGUAAGCUCAUAACUUAUAUGUUUGGCAAAAAAAUAAUCCAAAAAAAUUGAAAGCGGUCGACCAUCUGGGGAAAAAGACUUUGGCAACCCCACCUGCCAUCAAACCCAAUGUGUUUUGACUAUACAAAAUUUGGCUUUAGGCAUAAUCCCAGGAAUGUGUAAGUUGUGGGCUGACUGUAUUCAAACAGCUCCAAAUAGGCCCAGACCUGACCUCACAUGGGGGUACUGUGUAAAAAACAGUAAACAUGAAGCAAUGGUGGAAGCAGUCAUUAACUAAAUAAACGUGAUAAUCAAGCUUUUUAGGAAAAUAUGGCUACCUAAUAUGCUUUUGAUUGAGGCUGCUCUGGCAUAAGCAACCAUCAUGCUGUUAUCAUGUGUUUCUGACUUUGUAUGUGUGAUAAAAUUAUCCCAAUGGUGCCUCUUGUGUUAUGUAAGUUCUGGUUUGAUUAAGUAUCAUCUGAAGUAUAUGCACCAAUGUUUGCUUCUUAGUCCCAAGGCAGCUACAUCACUGGGUUUCUCAGCUCUUGUUCUUAGGCUGCUGCUAUAAAUAGCACUUCAAGCAAAUACAGGGUCCCCAGGAGAUGAGCUCCUGUGACAUGUCUCUGGCAGCAAUUCACUGGCAGCACAUCUUUAAUAACAUUUCUCAGAGGGAGGAAGAAAAGUGUGUGAUUAUGUGAAUCUCCUCUCAGAUUAGCUCCUGCUUUCAUAUCAGUCAGUAAAGGACUGAGUCAUUCAUUCCAUACCUUCGAAAAACUUUGUUUUCUAAACUCUAAACAGAGCUUGACGUCUGUCAUUCUGUGUUAUAGAUAUGGCAUUUCAGAUUACUCUCAGCAGGCAAGAAAAUAGGAUGAGGACUUCCUGUUCCAGGAACAGCUCAGCACUUUUGAGGUUCAUUGUGUUUUAUGGCAGGAGUGAACUUCAACCCGGAUCAGUGCAGCCCAAAUGGUACUGACCCAUACAAGCCCAAGUGCCCAGAAAACAAUGAGACAAACCAACAGCCCAUCUUCCCUGAGUGGCUGACGGUCAUCUUGCUCUGCCUGUAUCUGCUCUUCACCAACAUCCUUCUCCUCAAUCUCCUCAUUGCAAUGUUCAAGUGAGUUCUACAUUCAGCACCAACUUCUAUCAUUUCUUUCCCCUUAGUUCAUUUCUAACAACAAUGAGACUGACAGGCCUAGAAAACCUGUCAUGGUCACUGCCCUUUGAUCAACUAAGCUUCUUGUAAUUUACAUCAAGCCCAGGUUGCCAAAUGCACAGAACCCAACUAGAGGUUGCAUGGGCCAGUUCAGGACAUCACUUGAGCAGCUAAGCAGAGGUAGUAUAAAUGGAUAGUAGCAGGCAGUUCUGCAAGAUGCCUCCACUAUUCAGAAUGGAGAUGUGCUUCUGCAAAACUUUGUCCCUCCAUCACUACUUAUGGGAUGUUUAGGAGAGGACCACCACACUCUAUAUGUAUGGUGGUACCUCGGGUUACAGACGCUUCAGAUUACAGACUCCGCUAGCCCAGAAAUAGUACCUCGGGUUAAGAACUUGCCUUCAGGAUGAGAAUAGAAAUCACACAUCGGCGGUGCAACAGCAGUGGGAGGCCCCAUUAGUUAAGGUGGUACCUCAGGUUAAGAACAGUUUCAGGUUAAGAACAGACCUCCGGAGUGAAUUAAGUUCUUAACCCGAGGUACCACUGUAUUUAAAUUACAACCACAGAGUGGCAGAGGUAACUCUUGUAUUCUUUUCUCCCAGCUACACAUUCCAGCAGGUGCAGGAGCACACCGAUCAAAUCUGGAAGUUUCAGCGCCAUGACCUGAUUGAGGAGUACCAUGGCAGGCCCCCUGCUCCACCACCCUUCAUUCUUCUCAACCACCUUCAGCUCUUCAUCAAGCGGGUCAUUCUCCGGAAGCCAGCCACACGGCAUAAGCAACUCAGUAAGAAGCUCUGCUGGGUAGGGCCUUGCAGAGUGGGUGUUGCAAGGUCAGCUUGACUGGAAUUAUGAUAUGAGGGUAUCCCCUCCAUCAUUGCUGACCAUUUUUAUGAUGACCUGUGACAUUCAUCAAUACUGGAAGGGAGGAGAUUGAAGCAUGUGCUAUAACGGGGGACACCAGAGCCAUUGGUUCUCUUAGGGGACCCUGGAAAACAACAGCAAUGUUGCUUGGCUGGCUGGUACCUCAGUCUCCUCUGUGCCUUUCUUCAUGUAAUUCCUACUCCUAUGACAUUAUGGUAUGCACAACAUAUGAGGGUGACACAGAAUGUUUAAAGGCAACAAUGGGAAUGUCUACAUUAACAGCUUUAAUCUUAUUAGAGAAAGGAAUAUUUUUAUAUACAUUGGAUUCAAGGGAUGGCCAAUCUGCCUCUCCUCUUCCAUAACCAGGAACUGUGUACAUUACAUUGCUUCUUCUGUUUGAUUGAUCUGCAGAAGAGAAGCUUGAGAAGAAUGAAGAGGCAGCUCUCUUGUCCUGGGAGAUGUACAUGAAGGAAAACUACCUGCAGCUUCAACAGUCUCAACAGAAGCAGAACACUGAACAGAAGAUCAGUGACACUGCAGAAAGGUGAGGUAUCCUUGCCAUGCUAAGUAGUCACCAAUGCCAGAACAACUGGGUAUGCUGCUCAUGGGUACAACUCAAAAGAACCUGGUGGAGCUAGCUCUUCACUCAUGCAUACUGCUCUUAAGGCCUUGCAGCUGCCAGAAGUCCUCACCCUUGCCCUACCCUUUCCUACCACAAUUUGUUCAUCAUGACUUAGAACACCACUUACUGUGGAAAUUAGCGUCAUAAGCCCACACUCCAUUUUAGAGGUGCACCCCAUGGACAGUCUUAGAAAAACAUCUUUACUCAUUCAUUAGAGCUAUAAAUGAUACACCUAAAUGGCAGGUUUUGAGGGCUCAGUGGCUUUCUAUAGGAUACUGCCUGCACCUCUCACUUAACACUGAUUUUCUUCCCCCAAGAAUGGAUAUGCUGGUAGAAAUGCUGGACCUCGAUCGGGUGAAAAGGACAGGCCUGGUGGAGCAGAAGUUGGCGUAUCUGGAAGAGCAGGUGAGGGGUGACUUUUAAGGCUUCCCCACCUGGAGAAUGCUGAAGGCUCAUGAGGAGGAUGGGGUGAACUUGUCGGUCAAUGUCAGGAAACUGGAAAGGGUGGGAAGAAAAUAAGAUCAGGUGCCCUAUCUUGUGUCAGCCACAUUACUUCACUGCAUUACAGAGGUUUCCAUACAGAGUUUCUUAAGUGUUGGCUUCUUUCUGCCAUUAAGUAGCCAGAGGAAAUGUGGCCAAUUGUCUGCUCACCUACAUGAUUAACCUUAUCUAAGUGGAGAGGAUGUUCUCUAGGGAAGAAGGGAGAUCCAUGAAUGAUUCACCAGUAAGAACAAUGUGUUUCCUGGACCAGAAUUAGAGAAAAGAUCAUUCCCAGGUUCCUUUUUGGGACCUAGACUAAAUUAACAGACUUAUCUUCUCCCUCCCUCUCUCCCUCCCUCCCCCCCUUUCUGGACAGAGGUGCUGGUCAAUGAGUACAGGCCUUAACAAGUUUGAUGGGCUGCUUCUUUUUAGAUGUUCCAGUUUUCAAAGGCACUGCGGUGGGUGGUUCACUCACUGUCAAGCAGUGGGUUUGGAUCAGAAGAAGAUGUCCCCACCAUAGGUAUGUCUGGCUACAAAUAUGAGUCUGAGGACUGUUUCCUCUCUCUCUCUAUAUAUAUAUAUAUGUAUAAAAUUUUGAUUCUGAUACUUGUGGUAUAUACCUACUUUGUACUCAUCACUUACGACUGCUGGGAUAGCUCAGUCAGUAGAGCAUGAGACUCUUAAUUUCAGGGUUGUGGUCUGGAGCCCCACAUUGGGCAAAAUAUUCCCACAUUGCAGCAGGUUGGACUUGAUUAACCUUGUGGUCCCUUCCAACUCAACAGUUAUAUGAGGGAACAGCAUGAAUUGUUUUCAGGUUUUCCAGACAUAUUUGUCCUUCCGCUCCCCCUGCAUGUAUUUUAUAAGAGAAACAUUGUGAAUUAUACAUGCACACACAAAUGCUAUUGUUCAUAACGGAAGUGAAAUGUGUGUACCGUAUUUUCUACUUGGUUUUUGGAACCUGAGUGCAUAAUGUGUCACAAGAAGUGGACCUGAGAUGGGCCAAUUGCCCAACUUAGUUUGAGCUAUACUGAGCAGUACUUUCCCUGGACAUGGCAAUUUUGAUUAUUUAUCCAUGUGUCAGUUCUAGUAAACUAGUGCUGUCAUAUUUCAAACAGUGAAGAUCUGGACAGAAAAGUUGUUGAGCAUUUUGGCAAAAUAGCAAACAAAAUUGCCAUUUUUGAGCUAUUUUUAUGGGUAAUUGGCAAAAAUGGCACUGCCGGCAUGGGCUGCCAUAUGUCAGGUAUUCUGGAUAUGUCCAGGAAAUUCCAGAUGUAUGGCAACCCUAAGUAAACAGACAAAUCUGGGACUGAAGUCUACCACUGACAGCCAUCCAGAUCCAAGGUAGUGGUGAUGCUCAAUAGGAUAACAUACCAUAUUACCUAAAUAAUGCAUCUGUUAGGUGUGGCCCUUAACUGCUGUAAUUUCCUUGCUUUUGGGAGCUUGAGAAAACAUGGAAAACACUUAACAUAACAUGCUGAAAUGUAACUCUUUUUGCUAAUUGAAUUAUACCUGUGGAGGAAAACUUGUUUCAUUAGGAGGAAAGACACAAACAGAAUUGUAGACAAUGAGUGUGAUAGAAUUUGCCUUAGUCUAACCAGUUUUGAGUAAAAGAGUAUAUCAGAAUACUGUCUUCCAGCAGUGGUUGGUUGGCUGGAAAUAAAAUAAAUUCCAAAAAUAUAGAGACACAAAAGCAUGGCAUGGCGAGAUCCACAGUUUGAAUACGUGGAGUGUGAAGAAGUCAUCUUGUUUGACCUAGUUCCUAGCAGAGCCCCUGAGAUGAAGGAAUGCCAUGAAGAGGAUGUCCCAGAAUCUUUUGACACCAUAUAUCAUGUGAGCGCCAGGAACCUCAUGUAUCCCAGCUCCACUGCUGUCUGCUUUCCUGUACCAGAUGAGAAGGUGCCUUGGGAGGUAGGAGCUUUAUAUCUUAGGGAACAAGAUAUGGUUUCAUAUAAAGAAGAAGGAAUGAUGCCAUAAGUCAUAUGUGACCACAGUUGUGCAUGACUGAGAGCAGAGCUAUAUUACAAUCUUAAGAUGGUUUAAUAGCCAUUACCUCUCCCCAGUGAACCCUGCGAACUGUCCUUCUGUGAGGACAGGGGCAUUAGAAAUUUCUAGCAAGAAUUUGCCAUACUCUCACAUUCUAUAGUUCUGACACAGGAGAAGCCAUGUCAAUUAAACUGGCAAAAAAUGUAUAUAGAGAUGUGAUACAGAUAUUUGUAGUGUAUAUAUGAUGCCUAUAGACUUCAAUUAGAAUGUGUGUGUGCAUGCCCCCCCCCCCCCACAGAAUUGCCUUUGGGCUCAACCUUCACUGAAAGUUGAUGGUAGCAAUAUUGUCAGCUUCCCUUGGCACAAUAAGAGGGGUCUGAAGAGAGCCCAUGUGCAGUUUUUGCCACGGGUGCAUUGCUCAUGCAUGAGAAAACAUACUUACUUGUUUGUUAAGAUUAUAUACGCUGCCCUAAGCUAACAAGCUUUCAUGGUGGCUCACAAGAUCAUAACAAGAUAAAAGUAUGAAUAACAAUCAUAUAUAACAUUCAGUAACACAGGAAAAAACAAGCAAAAUCAUGUGGCACAUUAGCUCUGGGAGUAUUGUCAGAGCUGCCAAACAAAGAAAAACACACUCCGGAAUUUAGAUACAAGGAAAAUCAUAAAUGAAGAACUCUGAGUUCUUGCUUCUGGGUUCUUAUUAAUAGAUCAUGCUUGAAAUGUGAAUUUGUGCUGCUCUGGAAGACUCUGAGAUAUGUCUAAAACAUCCUUUCCCCCUGACAGGUAGAGUUUGAGAUCUACAACCCUCCCUUCUACAGUGCAGAAAGGCAGGAGAAUGCUUCACCUGACUUCCUGAAAGAGUAUGUAUGUCCUCAGAGAGUCAGAAACAUACACACACUGUAUCUGUACUGUUUUUGCUCUUUCUUCCUCUGUUUAUGCCACCCAUCUUCUAGUGAUUGUAUUUCAUUGUACUGGUAAACUACUUUGGGUUUGAUUUUCAUUGACUCGACAUGUUGCGGAGAUGAAAGCUUUGUCCCUAUCUUUCAGCUCUUUAGAGAAUCUUUCAAGGAUAAACUUCAACAGUAUGGAUGGAGAUAUCAACAGACAGAGCUUCCAUGGCACCUAUCUUAUUGAGGACGGCCUGCCACUGUGAGUGAGUCUGAUAACAAGAGUGGGAAUCUUCAUUAUGGUGCCCACAUCACACCAGCAGCAACAUAGUUCUUUUAAUAUUUUUAUAGGAAUCCCAUGGGAAGGACAGGCCUGAAGGGCCAAGGUAUUCUUCGGUUCUUUGGACCAAAUCAUGCUCUUCACCCUGUUGUGACACGGUGAGUAGAUAGCAGAGUGCCAUUUCUCAUCCCUAUAAGUGUAGUCGUCUACUCUAAUUUGGUAGCUCUGUGCUCAGGACUGUGUGAGAAACCACAAAAUAAGCUAUAAAUGAAAUGUUACCAUGAUUUCUACUUUGAUUUCCAAUAAAGGGCAGGAGCCUGUUCUUACUCCUCAGUUCUUGGUUCCAAUCAAGGGCAAUUUCACCAGGUUCAUUUUUAGAGCAGCAAGAUGCAUUUUUUUCCUCACUUCAGACUUGUACUCAUCCACAAGCAGUCUGCUUUUCACAAGUUAAUACUGUAAAGUGCCCUGCCUAUUUUCAGAGCACCUUUGAGCCUCAGCUGAUAAAUGCAGCGCCUUUGCAGGAGUAAGUGCUGUAUCCAUGACAACAGGCCAGGAAAAGAAACAUGGAUGUCCCUAGCCUGAAAACUGACUGAUGCAGGUCAUGUGGGCUGCAGAUAGCUUCCUUGCUUCAGAAGACACUUUCUUGCUUCCAAAAAGCAGCGUUUUGUCCUUGUGUCCGGGAACAAUGUCAAAGAAAUUGUAUUUGAAGCUGAGAACACUUCACAGGCACCAGAGAAGUCCAUCACAGUAGCUGUGGUGCAGAGACUUCUCACUAUCAUUUUUUAAGAUGCAUGUAUACAAAGAAUGAUAGCUAUAGCCUGUCUUUUUUCCAUUACACAAUUCAAGGCGGCAUAUGUUGGGUUCCCAUGUGGUCUUCCAUCCAGACAGUGUCCAGACCCAGAGCUGCAUAGCUGCCUCAAAGUCAUUGUUUCAAGUAUCUUCAAAACCAUGGGAUAAUACUCUGUAACAUCUUUCUCUAUGGUGUUUGUAGCUGGAGGAGGAAUGUGGAUGGAUCCAUUUAUAGAAAAAGCUUAAAGAAAAUGCUGGAAGUCUUAAUAGUAAAAUUCCCCUUUUCGGAUCAUUGGGCUUUGCCUGGGGUAAGUAGUUAUAUUUCUUCACAUCUAGCCCAUAUCUGAAUAAGGGAGGUGUAUGCCAAGGUUUUAAUAAAGUCAGAGUGAUAAAUUACAUGAGCUGUUAAACCCCUGCAUUCCAGGGGUUCUGCCAGAGAAAAUGCCAAACCUAAAAAGCCUUUCAUAAAACAAUAGGGCACUAAAACUAUGUUAAGCUGACCUUCUUUCUUAGCCUUGUGCCAGUGAGCUCCCACUGAUUGUUGUGUUAGGUGUAUCUUUUGUCUGAUUGGUUCUUAAAAGUUCAAGCCAGACGUUCUAGCUUUCUUGUUUGAGUUUCCAAGAUUUGACUGUAAUACUCAUUCACUUGAAAGGCAUACUUUCCUGCAAUUCCAAGAAACGUUUGCCAGCUGGAAACCAGAUAGAAACUCCUGCUUUCUUGGCCUAGUAUCUUGGAACAUACUAUGUGGAAAGCUUUAGCUGCUUCUUACAUCAAGUAAUGUUUUGAUUUUUCUUCCAGGGAUCUUUAGAGCCAGGGGAAGCUUUGCCACAGAAGUUGAAGCGGAUCCUAAGACGGGAAUUCUGGCCACAAUUUCAGAAAUUGCUGAAUCAGGGUACAGAGGUACUUUGAGCACCAGUGGGGCUUUACAGAAACAAGGGCACUAUCAGUGAACCCCUUCGCCCCACUCCCAAAAUAAUGUAUGAGAAGAUGGUGGGGAACCACAUUACAUUAGGCUUUGGGGCAUGAUGCACCAAAUGGGCACAUGACAUAGUCUUAAAUCAAUAGUGUUUUAAAAAUGAAGAGGAGGUUUCAGGCUCCAGACAAUUCACCAGUACUUUGUAAUUUCCUGUGGACACUCCUCUGGUCAUACACUCCUCAACUGCUGCCUUAGAUUACAUCUGUGGGCUGGGGUGCUGAAGCAGAGUAGACUCUGUCAUGCUUUCCCAUGAGCCCUUAACCAGAGAUCCACACAGUGGUUCCUUCCUACAAGGCCCAGUAUGGAAAGCUGAUACAGAGACAUGGUGCAGAAGAGAAAGAUGGAGGAAACAAGUGGUAAGCUUGAAUUGGUAGUUGUAGCUCUAGGAGUCUGAUGAAAUCUAAUUGCUGUCUGGUACUAACCUUCCAUCCUUGGGCACUUUGGUUGACUUGUAUUUUCUUUAAUAAAGGAGCAAAGCCACCAUGCCCUUGGAAAAGCUACUUUAAUAUCUACUCUUCACCUCAAUCAUUUGGCGAGAUCUUUAGAACAUAAUGAUCACCAACUUUAGGAAGAGGCCGUACAUUAUGUCUUCUCUUUUUCCAUCUACCCUUCAUUCACCUACUUCUAGGUAUACAAAGGAUACGUGGAUGAUCCCAGGAACACAGACAAUGCCUGGAUAGAAACGGUGGCCAUUAGUGUGCAUUUUGAAGAGCAUAAUGAUGUGGAGAUGAAGCGUAUGAAUUCGGUACAUGCCAUAAUGCACCCUUAUUACCCUUAUGCCACAAAAUUCUCCUCUAGAGGUAGUGGGAUGAAAGCCCCAGGUUUUGCAGAAACCAUGGCAUGAAAUCUUGCUGUGUAAGAGGGAGAAAGGGCAGCUCCUUAGAUCUUAAGCAUCAGAAUGGGCAUGGUACCAAGUGAAAAUAUGUGGGAAGCUUAAGAAAGACGAUGCUGAGGGCAUAGAAAAAGAAAUCAUUGGAAGAAAUGAAUGGGCAGAUAUUAGAGAGGUGGUUCUCUGUGUGUGCAUGUAUGCGUCUGAGUGUGUGAGAGAGAUAAUUACCUAAUACUACUCUGUAAUUAAAAUAUUGCAUUGCAGUUCCUGAGGGCUGUAAUCAGGAAUAUUCAGCACACCUUGGUGUAAUCAGAUACAGAGCACGGUGCUAUAUAUAGCAGAAAGUAGAAAGAAGUGGAGCAGGCCCCAAGAGUGCCUGUUUUGACUAUUUCCCACAGGUUCUUUUAAUACCCGGUAGACCCCUGUUAGUAGAUGUAUUGAUGGUUCUGAGAGAAUCUAUCCAUAUCACUUGGACUGUGACUGUGGCUUGUGAGAGGCUGAUAGGAAGCUGACAGUAACCUAUAUUCCUUUUGGGGUUUUUUUCUGCAGUUUCUCCAGGGCUGUGAUCUGGAGGCGACCGUCCGGUGGCAGGUUGUGGAUAAGAGAAUCCCUCUUUAUGUGAACCACAAAGAACUCCUGCAGAAAGCAUGUGUCCUCCUGGGGGCAUACUACUGA